AUGGAGAAGCUUCUACUGGGACGAUUUCUUUGCGUUCUGGUCUUCUUCAAUUUGAUUUAUGUUAUGGUGGAGUAUCUCAACGUUACGGGUGCGCCUAUAGCCAUGUCUCAAGAGCAGCGUGAAGCGCUUUCACCUGCAAUGCGGAAGUCGAUGCGAGAGGGCGCAAAGGGCAUGUUCGCGUCCUUCUACUUCUUGAUAUUUCUAGUCUGGAGUCUGAGAAGUACUAGACUCUACUACUAUGUUCAGGCUGUAGCUGGUAUCUCGGUUACUGCAUGUAUAGCUGCCAUCAUCACGCAGACAACACACUGCUUGCCCUUGAAGAGGAACUGGCAGAUUCUUCCAGACCCAGGCAAGGAGUAUUCAGCCGGCAUUGUGAUCAACAUCGUGAUCGCUGUCGGAAACGUCGUAUUAGACGCUUCGCUGCUCAUCGUACCUUUAUGGAUGUUGAAAGAUGCGAAGAUCAGCCUCUGGCGCAAAAUUCGCGUCAUCUUUCUCCUCUCUCUCAGUCUCUUCGUGAUGGGGAUGGCUAUCGCUCGGUGUAUUCUACCUAUCGGCACUUCUGUUGAAGUUGCUCUCUCCUCAGUAUGGGCACAGCGCGAGGCUAUUGUAUCCAUCUUUGCAGUCAACGCACCCGUCAUCAACAGCCUCUUCAGAGCCGAGACGUGGAAGACACGUCACUCUUCGGACGGCUACGUAUCGAAAGAAUCUAACUGAUCGCGAUCGAACACUGGUACAUUGGAAAAGGUGAAGAAGAAGACUGGCUUCGAGAUCUACAAGAUGACGGAUAUCGAGACAAAGAUGACAGACUUCGAGACGAGCAGCAAAGAGAGCACUAUGGAGCUGUUCAAGGACCCCAUACUGUCUCCGGUGCCUUCGCACUGGAGAUGUUCGGUGCGUGGGGCGAGUCAAGACGGUCGCCCUGGAAGUAAGAGUAUGGUUUGAAGGAUGUCAGGGCAAGAUAUGUGCCCCUGGUUCAUCGCAACGGCCUGCCGUUUGGCGCUAUUCCACGGCGUAUAGCUUUACUCCGCGGAGGGGCAAGGACGUCACGCACGGCUUCUGCAAAAGCUCCUGAUACCAACUGCGGUUUUAUGUAUUUAAUAGGGAUGACAUACAUUUCUCGCAACUCUCACUUCUAUCUAGAC